UACCGGCCACGCCCAACUAGCUAGCAUAUUAAAGCCUUUCUUGAUCUCCAGCUCCAGAUAUUUUAUCUGUGCAAACUAUAGAACUAGAAAUGGGUGCUGAACAAGGACGUCAUCGACACCAUCACCAUGACAAGGAGGACUCUGGCAGCCAGCCUGCAACACCACAGGACUCCAAAGCUACGGCCAAGCGUGCUACAGUGACCGCCUCUAUACCACCUCCACCAGAGCACUGUGAUGUCCUCAUCUCUUGUGCCAACAACGAGGAUGACAUUGGGCUAGUUAAACUUGUCAAAGCUGGUUUGGAGAGUGCGUCCAUCCCCCUCUACCAUGUGUCCAAUGAAUCCCCUGAGGCAGCACGGGCAGCUGCCUUGGUCCUAGUGGAUGCCAAGGUGCUUGUGUUUGUGGCGAGUGAGGGCUCAUCAAAGUGUGGCAAAUGUCAGGACCAGGUGUCUCUUGCGUACAUCUCCAACAAACCCAUCGUGGUCAUCUCUAAAAAUGCAAAGGACCCCACUGUUCAACUGUUUGAUGUCGGAAUGAAGUUGACACUGGACUCUCUCCGCUGGGUCAUAUUUGACAAAGAUGAGGAUACAAUAAGCAAGCAGUUUGUGCAGCUUGUACAAGAGCAGCUCAACCCCAAAGAGGUGGGUGGAUAUCUCGGCACUUUAAUUACUAUUAGUACUAACACUGUUCCUCCCCCCCCCAUACAGCGUACCCGAUCACCAGCACCAGUAGAGGCAUCUGUCACCCCCUCUACCAGUGUACCAGGAAAGGUCCGGCUCAAUACUAAGCUACGCGCUCAGAGCACCCUCAGAGAAAUUGGUGGAGAAGAACUCCAACAAAUCAACACCUUCUGGGACCGUAACUUCUCUGACGAAGACACUGUGCCGUGGUUCAAGUUCCAACAAGCUUUCCUCACUGACUACGAAUCUCAGCUAUCAGGUCUUUUGGAUGAGAAGAAUGUACCAUGGCUAUUGGAGAUGCUCAAGAAUGACAUAUUCUCUGGAGCUGAUGAGAUCACCAAGCUGAGGUUCAUGGAGAUUAGGGGGGAUUCCCGUGAUAAGAAUGCCUUCUGGCGAGUUAUCAGUCAGGUUGCUAUAGAGAAGUUCAACAUGAGGGAAGUGUUCAACAUGAACUCAACUGUUCGACUGACUGCUAUUGAGAAACUAGCUGCCUUCCAGAACCCUGCUGUUGUGGACGCUCUCAUUCGUCUGCUCAAGGAUGACGACCCCAAUGUACGAGCAGUGGCGGCCAUUUCCCUGGGGCGAACAGGCCGUGCUGACGAGAAAGUAGUCGAUGAUCUCAUUGCCCUGCUCAAAGAUGACGAUCGCAUAGUGAGACAGAGUGCUUGUCUUAGUCUUGGAACACUCAAAGUGGUUAAGGCCAUCCCAGAGAUUGGGAAGCGCUGGAGGAAUGACUUUAUCUCUGUGGUGCGCAAUGCCGCAAGGACAGCUCUGGAGAACAUGAACAUUCCUGAGGCCAAGGAGGUGCUCCAAGUCACCAAGGUCUUGGAGGAUGAGAUUGAAUCUCUGGCAGGAAACCAAGCUGCUGUGUAAACUCUGCUUCGUAUAAUUUAGCUAGUUUUUUUAACUGACUUUGCUAGAGGCAAAAAAAAAUACUCUUAGGGUAUGCUGAAAUUAUGAAAAUGUAUAUCAAUUUAAUAAUAGUGCUGCGAUCUCCUAUAGGCCCUUUUUUCUGUUUUUGUCACAAUAGUUCUCAACAAGAUAAA